CAUUCAGGGCGACUGAAACACAAGUAUAAUUGAGCUGUUGUGUGUCUGUGCAGUACUCAUGCAGUAAAAUGGCAGAAGCCAGGUUUUCUCAAGACGAUUUCAUGUGCCCAGUGUGUCUGGAUCUCCUGAAGGAUCCAGUGACCAUUCCCUGUGGACACAGCUUCUGUAUGGGAUGUAUAACAGACAGCUGGGAUCAGCAGGAUCAGAUGAGAGUCUACAGCUGCCCUCAGUGCAGACGGAUCUUCAACCCAACGCCUGAUUUAGCUAAAAACAUCAUGCUGGCUAAAGUGGUGGAUAAACUGAAGAAACCUCCUGGUCACUCUUACGCUGGACCUGGAGAAGUGCAGUGUGAUGUCUGUGCUGGAAGAAAAUACAAAGCCGUCAAGUCCUGUCUGGUGUGUCUGGAAUCAUACUGUCAAACCCAUUUUGACCAUCAUGAGGAUUUUCACUCAUGUAAGCGCCACAAAGUGACCGAAACCACUGGACAACUGCAUGAGAAGAUCUGCUGUCAACAUGACAAGCUUCUGGAGUUGUUUUGUAAAACUGAUCAACAGUUUAUAUGUGUGCUUUGUUUGAAGUAUGAACAUAAAAACCAUGACACUACAUCAGCUGCCGUACACAGGACAGAGAAACAGAAUCAGCUGAAGGAGACACAGAGAAGGUUCCAGCAGAGAAUCCAACAGAGAGAGAAAGAUCUUCAGCAGCUGAGAGAGGCUGUGAAGUCUCAUAAGCGCUCUGCACAGACAGCCGUGGAGGAGAGCGAGAGGAUCUUUACUGAGCUCAUUCGCUCCAUUGAAAAAAUGCGCUCUAAGGUCACACAGCGGAUCAGAGAUCAGGAAAAGGAUGCAGCAAGUCGAGCUGAAGAACAACUCGAGCGACUGGAGCAGGAGAUCAGUGAUCUGAGGAGGAGAGACGCUGAGCUGGAGCAGCUUUCACAAACACAGGAUCACAUUCAUUUGCUUCAGAGCUUCCAGUGUCUCUCAACACCUCCUGAAUCUACAGAAGUACCCAACAUUCUCUUCAGUUCUCUCUUCUCUUUUGAUAGCAUGAGAGAAUCUGUCCGUCAGCUGAGAGACAAACUGAAGGAUUUCUGGAAAAAAGAGCUCAGAAACAUCUCUGACAGAGUAACAUUCACCAACUUUGUUCCCAGGACCAACAACGACUUCCUACAAUAUUCCCAUCAGCUCACUCUGGAUCCAAACACAGCUCAUCAACGGCUUUAUCUGUCCAACAGGAACAGAGUGAUUACUAAUACUUCCAUAGGGCAGCUGUAUCCUGAUCAUCCAGAAAGAUUUGAUUAUUGGCUUCAAGUGUUGUGUAGAGAGAGUGUGUGUGGACGCAGUUACUGGGAGAUUGAGUGGAGUGGGGUGUAUGGUGUGUAUAUAUCAGUGUCAUAUAAGAGCAUUAGCAGAAAGGGAGGGGGUUAUAACAGUUGGUUUGGACAUAAUGAUCAGUCCUGGAGUCUAUUCUGCUGUCCCUUCAGAUUUUCAUUCAUCCACAAUAAGAUAGAGACUGAUCUCCCUGUAGUGUCCAGUCGUAGAAUAGGAGUAUUUGUGGAUCACAGCGCAGGAACUCUGUCCUUCUACGGCGUCUCUGACACAAUGAGACUCAUCCACACGGUCCAGACUACAUUCACUCAGCCGCUCUAUCCUGGGUUUUGGGUUUAUUAUGACUCAACAUCAGUGAAACUGUGCUGAUGAAUCAGAAUAGAUUCAUAAGAAAUUCUACCCAUAAUGCUUUGAACUGCAUGACAAAUCAGUGACAGUUAGAAAAUAUGUACUUGGGUGCUCCAUAUAGUUUCAAAGCAGGUUUACAUAAAACAAUGAUGGUAAGUAACUAUAAAGUUAACUUUAUUCUUCUCCCAGUACACCUGCCACUUACUUACAUGUAUUUUGGGAGAAACUGAUGAAUUAACGAGAUGUAAAUCCAACUGAGAGGACUCCGAGCAGCUGCGCAAACAGACAUGCUGGUGUCCAUCUCACAUUACAGAUCACAAUCAAGAUCAUUUAGAACUGUUUUUAAACAAUAUAAGAGACCAAUUUGCACAUAUUUGUGAAUCGGAAUAUCAGAUAGUUGAGGAAAUGGUAAAUGAGUUUAUACAUAUUUUAAAAACUACUAAGUAAUCAAUCUGUCAUACAGUGUUAUUGUGGCAAUGGUGUGUCAUGUGACAAUGUUCGCCUAAAAACUCACUCUGGGGGAACUCUGGAAUAUUUUAAACACCACUGAAAUGGUUGAAAUGUCAGAAUCUGUGUGUAAUUUGUGACAUUGAUAGUAAUGUAGCUUGUACUAGUCCUGCUGGAUUCAUUUUUGUUACUUUCCAGUACAUGUGUCAUUUUGAUUUCUCCCAAAAAUAUUACUUAAUGUUAUCGCAUAGGACUAAAGGGGUGGUCACUCUAGACUUGAAAUGUGCGAAAUUAUUUUGGACGCUGUUGCGAAUAUGGGUGGGAGGAAGAUUAUACGGUCUCUCCUCAAUUAUCACAUGGAUUAAUAUGUGCUUGUACUGUGUCUUUUGCAACGGCGUUGAAAGCGUCUUAUUAUAUUGUACUUUCUGUAUCUCUCUCUAUGUAUUAUAUAAAAUAAAAUGCUGCGCUACAGCUAAAGUUA